ACAGCCAUGAAAGUGUGAGCCAUGACGAAACUGGAGAGAUGGGGCUUUAACCAGAUGCAAGAGCAAUCUGAGAGCUGAGAGCUCACUUCAACGUGAGACCCCAGUCUGAGAGCAAGAAAGAACUUCCAUCUUGAGGUAAAAAGGCCGUUGGGGACCUGGGGUCCAGGAGGAGGAAUGGGACGGUUGACAGGACAGGCUUCUCAACCCUGAGAAACCUGCUUUUUGGAGGGAAAUGUCCUCUGCCCUCUGGAACCUGGGGAGAAUGAAUUUUUUUUUUUUUUUUUUGAGAAGUCUCGCUCUGUUGCCCAGGCUGGAGUGCAGUGGCACGAUCUCAGCUCACCGUAUCCUCUGCCUCCCAGGUUUAAGCAAUUCUCCUGCCUCCGCCUCCUGGAAACUUUUAAAACUAAAUUAAACUUUUAAUAAUCAUUGUAAUCUCCCAAGCCAUCACUGACCGAGGAAAAACAGAGCAAAAUAGAAAUGGGUGGGAAGCUGGGGGUGGUGGUUCAGGCCUGUAAUCCCAGCACUUUGAGAGGCCAAGGCUGGAGGAUUGCUUGAGCCCAGGAGUUCAAGACCAGGCAGGGCAGCAUAGGGAGACCCAAUGCAAAUAAUUUUUAAAAGUUAUCGGCCAGGCAGGUGGCUUACACCUGUAAUUCCAGCACUUUGGGAGGUCCAGAUGGACGGAUCACUUGAGGUGAGGAGUUCGAGAGGUUACUUCUGCCUGCCGGACGAGCACGCUGGUUCCAUGGGCAUUCAGGGGUCCUGGCCCCAUUCUGACACUGCUCAAAUAGAGGAACUCUGCUAAUUACCAGAGGAAAGUCACCAAAGUUAGAUCAAGGUUCUGCCGGAGCCCUUCAAGACCUGGGCUGAGACAAGCCGGGAGGCUCCACAGGGCUGGCAGCCGGCCCUGUGGGGCACAUCUGGGGGAAGUUCAUGUCCUAGGUGGUGUGCUGUGGGGGUGAUGGAAAUAACAGAAGCUUCUAGCCACUGGUGUGUUUUGGACAAAGUAAACCUGGAAAUUUCAGGAUUAAAAAAAUGAUUUAGAAAUCAUUUUCCCAAGUUCCAUCAUUGCACACUUCAGUGGAAAGACCUUUAACCAAAGAACCAGGAGAUCUGGUUGCCUCAGUUUCCCUACUUAUAAAACGAGGAGGCUGGUCAGCAGGAGUUCUCACUGCAGGUCCAUGGACCUCCAAGAAGUUCGUGAACAGAUUCAUUCAUGGGAUUUGUGAAUUUGGGGAGAAAAUAUAUCUGUAUUUUCACUAAUCUUAUUUUAUUUUAUUUUUUGAGACAGAGUCUCACUCUGUCGCCAGGCGCCAGGCUGGAGUGCAAUGGCACAAUCUCAGCUCACUGCAAUCUCUGCCUCCUGGGUUCAAAAAUUCUCCUGCCUCAGCCUCCUGAGUAGCUGCAACUACAGGCGGGCACCACCAUGCCCAGCUAAUUUUUGUAUUUUUAGUAGAGAUGGGGUUUCAUGUUGGUCAGGAUGGUCUCGAUCUCUUGACCUCGUGAUCUGCCUGCCUCAGCUUCCCAAAGUGCUGGGAUUACAGGUGUGAGCCACCACGCCUGGCUUUUCACUAAUCUGUAAUUGAAAGUUAGCACUUGUUUCAGUUAUGAAUGUAGACAAGGAACCACAAUAGAAUUUGCCAUCAGUAGAAAAGACAAAUAUUUUCAAAUCUCAUUACAGUUGUUACAGAUUUCUCCAAAUGUCCUUAACACUCAGCACUACUACAAAAUUGUGACAGUUACUAGGCUGAUGCCAGAUCUAAAGAAGCACCUGUACUGCCCUAUCACACAUUCUUCUAGGGUUUAUUUUUUUUUUCCCCAAAAAGAUGGGGUUUCACCAUGAUGGCCAGGCUGGUCUUGAACUCCUGACCUCAGGUGAUCCACCCAUCUCGGCCUCCCAAAGUGCUAGCAUUGCGCCCGGCCUCUUCUAGGGUUUUGACAACUGUCUUGUUAUAAUUUGUUUCCUUUGUUAGCCCAUGUAUCUUAUUAAUUUUUAAGUGUUAUUCUGAGAAGGGGCUCCACGUGCCUUCCCAGACCACCAAAGGGGUCCACGGCGCCUUUACGUCAGGUGCCUACUUGGGUGUGUUGAGCAGGAAGCCUGGGAUCUGACAUGUGCCUCCAGCGCCCCCCAACCUCUGUUUCCUAACAAGUCUGGUUCUACUCAGGCAGCUGGGGUUGUGGAGAUUGAACAAGGAGCCCCUUCACAGCUGCAAAUGAGAUCUUUCUGGGCAUCUUUGUAUACAGAGGUAUUUGUGGAGCUCAGAGCUGACCUUCCAGCUCCUCUGAGGGGUUAGAUCCGGGCUCCGAUGGCAGGGGAAGUGGAGUCUCUACUUUGUCAUCUUGUCCCCACCCUCCCCAGAAAACCUGUGGCAAGGCUUUCUGUGUCAUCCGACCGUCACCACAUUUCCACGAGGGAGCUUUAAACACAAGAGGAACGUGAGGCUGGGCGAGGUCCAGGCAUGUGCCACAGGUCACACAACGCUGGGAUUUGACCCCAGGCGCCCGGGAGACGCCAGGACCCCCACCGAGGCGUCUCUCACCUGAAGGUGCAGGAGGGAGGGGAGCGUUUCCCGCUGUCUGCGAGCGUUCGCCUGGGAGGCCCCGGGCCCCGCGGAAUAUCAAAGGUGAGGAUGCCAACUCCACGGGCACCCUCCUCCCUGCCCGCGCCGGGGCUUGCGACGUUUUAAGAGGGGAGACUCGCCCCUGGCGUGUGUGCCCUGGAAAGUUCACAAACUUCUCACGACCCCCCCACUCCUCGCACUGAGGGCCAGGUGCCGCUCUAGCACAUACUGGGUCCCCAGGGCCCAGCAGGCCCAAUUUCGCACCCGCUCGUCUCCUCUGCUAGUUUAGCUUUUCCUGGCUAGCCCCGAUGCCCGCGGGACGCUCCACGGCGCGAGUGACGAACGCGGGGCGGGCUGGGGUCACCCCGGCUGCGGCUGGAACACAGCGCCCUCUAGCGGGACGCGGGGCGGGCUGGGGUCACCCCGGCUGCGGCUGGAACACAGCGCCCUCUAGCGGGACGCGGGGCGGGCUGGGGUCACCCCGGCUGCGGCUGGAACACAGCGCCCUCUAGCGGCCACGGUGCGGAAUCGGUGCUGCCGGCCACCGUCACCCUAGGGUGUCCCCUCCCGGGCACCAAGGUCACUUCCCACAGCAUCCCCGUCCCGUGACCCCGCCGGCCCCCAGCGCGGCUGAGGGGUCCACGACGGACUUACACGCUCCUCUUGAACUCGGGCCUCGGCACCGCGAAGCCUGGCCGCUCCAGCGGGCUGACCGCUGCAUCCGCGCUCCGAGCCGGGCGCCGCUCCCUCCGUGGAAGCCGGGCCUACCCCACGGCCCUCCCAUCCCCGCUGCCCCAGUCCCGUAGGAAACACGCCUAGAGGAGGAACACGACCUUCUCAGCGGUCCACAGCUACCUAGUGCGGAGCCAGGACUGGAACCCCGACCUCAGCCCACUCCCCGCCUUCACGCACCACCGGGUUAGAGGCACCAGCUCCCCAUGGCCCACUAACUUCUGUGAAGACCUAACUCGUCGCUGUCCUGCAGCCUUUCCGCAUCCUUCAUGCAGAAUUUCCCCUUUCCUGCUUCUGCCACUUUAUGACCUUCUUACCGUUCUUCGUACGGUCGUUCUUGUGUCGCAGCUGAUCGUGAAUGGAUGAGAGGCUGUGAGGAGAGGGCCAAGGGGGACCCCAGGAGAAAGACUCCUAAGUUGGGUUAGAAUUCUGCUCCCCAAAUUAGGAGCUGUGCCACAAGGCCUCUCCAAGCCUCUAUAUGCUUCGUACAAAUAAUACAUUUUUAAAAAUAAUAAUGGCUUAGUGUUUAAUAAGGACUAAACACCGUCUCCUGCAUGUGGAUGUCCCUGGAACACUGUCCGUGGAUUCCAGUAUAAGAAAGCAUAAAAACAAUCAUAGCUAGCCGGGCGCGGCGGCUCACACCUGUGAUCCCAGCAGUUUGGGAGGCCGAGGCGGGUGGAUCACGAGGUCAAGAGAUCGAGACCAUCCUGGCCAACAUGGUGAAACCCCGUCUCUACUAAAAAUAGUAGCCGGGCGUUUGGCACGUGCCUGUGGUCCCAGCUACUCGGGAGGCUGAGGCGGAAGAAUCCCUUGAGCCCGGGUGUGGCCGGGGGGGCGGAGGUUGCAGUGAGCCGAGACUGCGCCACUGCGCGGCGCCUGGCGACAGAGCAAGACUCUGUCUCAAAAAACACAAUCAUAGCCAGCGUUUAUUGAGCCCUUAUUCCCAGCCAGGCACUACGGUAAGUAGUUUACAUAGGUUAAUUUGGCCCUCACAACCCUAGAAGGCAAUAUUUUGUCACCAUUGUACAGGUACACUCCUUUUCAGAGACGUUAAGAAACGCGCCCAGUAUUACACAGAUAGUAAGUGUUAAAGCCAGAUCUCAAACAGGCAGGUCUGACGCUAGACACGAUUAAAGCACCACAACAUCUGCCUCUGCUGUGCCAGUGAGCUCUCCGUGCCUCGCGGUGCCUGACACAUUACACAUGCUCCGUGUUUGUAAAAUAGGACUAUUUAUUAAGGGCUGAGCAUACUGCCUGGCCCAGAAACCUAAGGAACUUGACCUUGUCAUGCAACUAUUAAGUUUUAGGACCAGGAUUUGAACACACUCUGGCUCUAGACUCUGCUUUUUAACCACAAUCCUGGACUGAAUGAAUCUUCCUCUUUGAAUCAAAUGAUGCUUUGUCACUCAAUAUUCCAUGUUUCAUUUCAAGAGUCACCAGGACAUUCCGGUGUAGCAUGAAGUUAUAACGCGAGAGAGGGGUCAAGAAGAGGUCAAGGCUAGGAAAGGACAUUGGGGCCGCACCAUGGGCUGCUGCGGCUGUUUUGUUGGUACGGUGACAAAUGCAUAGGUAAGUACAGACAGAAUUAACAAUCGUCUUUACGUAGGUUUUCAGUCACGUUCUUUAGCGGUACUUUCUAGUUUUUAUCCUAUGGGUCCUAUUUGGAAUCGUGUUACAUUUUUCUGGACAUUUUACGGGUUUUUUUGGUUGCUACAAUGAAUGGGACUUUUUCCUAUUAGCAUAUUUUCUGACUCAUAAUUAUAUUUAGGAAAAUUAAUAUCUUAUGUAUUCAUAAGUACCUUAUUAAAUUAUAUUUAUUUAUAUACAUUAUUUUAGUUUAUUAUUUUAUACAAAUUAUAAUUACAGAACAUUCUAUUCUGUGGAUAUGCAAUAAUUUAUUCAGCCAUUCUUCUACCAAUGGGGUCUUCACCUGUUUCUUUUUUGUGUGGGAGCGGGAGGGGGACAAAGCUUUGCUCUGCUGCCCAGGCUGGAGUGCAGUGGUAUGAUCUUGGCUCACUGCAAUCUCCACCUCCCAGGUUCAAGCAAUUCUCUUGCCUCAGCUUCCUGAGUAGCUGGAAUUAUAGGCAUCUGCCACUAAGCCCGGCUAAUGUUUGUAUUUAUUUUUAAUAGAGCCAGGGUUUCAUCAUGUUGGCUAGCUGGUCUCAAACUCCUGACCUCAGCUGAUCUGAGCACCUCAGCCUCCCAAAGUGCUGAAAUUACAGGUGUGAGCCACCACACCUGGUCUUCACCUGUUUCUAAUUUUUUGGUAUUAUCAACAAUGCUGCAGUGAAUAUUCUUGUACAUAUAUACUAGCACACUCAUGCUUUUAUUUCUGUAAGCUAUAGCCAAAGGGACAGGGUAUGCUCAUUUUAAAGGUUAAUAUAUAAUGAGUAUUCCCCCAAAGCGCCGUAACAACGUAUAGUUCUACCUAGAGCGAAUGAUUUACCCCAUUCCUCCUUACCCUUACCAAAAUUGAAUUUAUCAACUUUUAAAUUUUUGUUCACUUAACAGGUGGUAAUUCUGAAAUUCUGAACUCUGAAUUUUUAAUUUGUACUUCCCUGAAAACUUGUAAGACUGAAAAACUUUUUAUUCCAUUUCCUCUUUUGUGAGCUGCCUAUUCAGAUACUCUAUCUUUUACUGUUUCUAAUAAUUCUUAAUUAAGUUUCUUGGGUUUUCCAGAUGUAAGUUAUAUCACAUAAAAAUAGUAAUAAUUUUGCCUUAAGAUUUCCAAUAUGGAUACCCUUUGCUUUAUUUUCUUGUUUAAAUGUAAUGUCAGACACUUCCAGAACAAUGUAAAAUAACAGAAAUAAUAGGAAGCAUCUUUGCCUUGUUCCUAAUAUUAAUAGAAAUUAUCCUAUAUUUGACCAUUAAAUGUGAUGCUGAAAUUUUAUCUAAGAUAUACAUUUCACCACUAUAUUGACUAGUAUUCAUCCAUUACCACCUCACUUAGGAUUUCAGUGGGAAUUAAUGUAAGAUUUUAUCAGAAGGUAAUAUUGACUUUCUUUUUUGAUCCAGUAGUAUGUUAUUAAUAGAAUCCUAAUAUUAAAUUAUCCAAGAAUUUCUAAAAAUGAAACCUCAUUCCAUUUGUCAUGGUGCAUUACAUAUAUAUAUAUAUAAUAAUUAUUGUUUUUUUUGAGACGCAGUUUCGCUCGUUACCCAAGCUGGAGUGCAAUGGCAUGAUCUCGGCUCACCGCAACCUCCGCCUCCUGGGUUCAGCCAAUUCUCCUGCCUCAGCCUCCUGAGUAGCUGGACUACAGGCACGCGCCACCAUGCCUCAGCUUCCUGAGUAGCUGGAAUUAUAGGCAUAUUUUUUUUUGUAUUUUUAGUAGAGACGGGGUUUCACCUUGUUGACCAGGAUGGUCUCGAUCUCUUGACCUCGUGAUCCACCCACCUUGGCCUCCCAAAGUGCUGGGAUUACAGGCUUGAGCCACCGCACCUGGCCGGUGCAUUAUAUUUUUAAUAUCUUGCUGGAUUGGUUAGUUGAUUUUUGUAUGUGUGUAAUUUUUGUUUGUUUGUUUUUUUGAGACAGACAGGUUCUCAGUGUCAACCAGGCAGAGUGCAGUGGAGGUCAUACCUCUCUGCAGCCUUGAACUCCUGGGCUUCUCCGACCUAAACCUCUUUAGUAGCUGGGACUACAGGAGACUGAAGCCAAGAAUACCAGCAGAGCCAACAUUUGCUUCAAGUUCCUGGGCCUGCUGACAGCGUGCAGGAUGCUGAUGGAACCUGGCAGAGGCUGCUGUGCCCUGGCCAUCCUGCUGGCAGUUCUGGGCAUCCAGUCUGGUGGGGGCAUGAACAUCACCAGCUCAGCCUCCCGGGAGGGAACGAGACUACACUUAAUCUGUACUGUGUGGCAUGAGAAAGAAGAGGCUGAGGGGCUUAUAGUGUUUCUGUGCAAGGACAGGUCUGGAAACUGUUCUCCCGAGACCAGUCUGAAACAGCUGAGACCUAAAAGGGAUCCCGGGAUAGAUGGUGCUGGUGAAGUAUCAUCCCAGCUGGUGUUCACCAUAAGCCAGGUCACACCAUCGGACAGUGGGACCUACCAGUGUUGUGCCAGAAACCAGAAGUCAGACAUCCGCCUUCAGGGCCAUUUUCUCUCCAUUCUAGUCACAGACACAGGGAACUACACAGUGACGGGAUCCAAACAACGGCACCACCUUGAGUUUGGCCAUAGCGAAGGCACUCUCAGUUCAGGCUUCCUACAAGAAAAGGUCUGGGCGAUGCUGGUCACCAGCCUGGUGGCCCUUCAAGCUUUGUAAGCCUUGUGCCAAAAUAAACUUUUUAAAAAGCUACAGGAAGAUAAGUCUGACUCUGGCUUAGUAUCUUUCUCGUUACAAUAUAGGCACAAAGAAGCAAGCGAUGGAGCACAGGGGGAGAGAUGCUAAGAUACCAAGAAUCUGUGGAAACAUACGCUGGGGCACAUCAGUGUGCGCCUUGAGUGUCCCUCCUCACUGUCAGAGCAAACCUGCCUCUGCCCUCCUAAGCUCCCAUACCUAAAACAGCUUUAACAAAGUGGCUGGUAUACCGGUCUCAAAUAUUGGAUAAAUACAUGCUUUUUUGUACCCCAGAAGAACUUUUCCUCUCUCCUCAUCAACACAGUAAAAUAAGUCAUGUCAAAAGAAAAUAAGAACACCAAAUUUGGGGGGAAGAAAUUUUUAUUUAACACUGUAAAGGAAAAAGAGAGAAAACAAGCAAAGAUACGUAGGACGGAAAGGAAGACAGCCAGACCCAGUGACCGACGUGGUAUGAAAACGAGGAAAUGCAGCCAGACCUUGACGUUCAACAGCAACCACACAGCACUGCUGGAGGAAGAGCAAGAUUUGUGCAGAGCAGAGCACCACAGACUACAACUGCCCAGCCUCAACUCAAUGCCUCUUAACCUCUUUGGUCAUUUCUCUCUGUAAAUAAAUGCCCAUCACAGGA